AUGAAUUUCAGAAGUGGACCGUAUACUGAAGGAACAGCAGAUUAUAUUCGAAAUGGUGGUCGAUAUGCAUUAGCGACAGCUGUGCUUGACAGUAUCGUACUUGUAUUUGCUCUUGUUAUAGCUUUUCUUCUUCGAGCAUCUGAUAUCUUUCCUGUUCGACAACAACAAUUUUUAUGUGAUGAUGCUCGUUAUUAUCAAUCUUAUGAAGAUGCUAAUAUAACACGAAAUUAUAUUAUACUUUCAAAUAUUACUCUUUAUAUUUUAUGUUUAUUUAUUCCAAUUUUUAUUAUAUCAAUCAUUGAACUUGUUCGUUCAUUUACUAGCUGCAAUGCCUAUCGAGCUCGUCUUGCUAUACGAGUUAAAGAAUGUCUUAUUCGAUCAUUAGCUCGUAUUCUUAAAUUUUCUGCGGUUUUUAUUUUUGGUGCAUUAUCAACAACUGUUCUUACUGAUAUUUUAAAAAUUAUGUCCGGUCGUUUAAGACCAUAUUUUUUAACUUUAUGUAAUCCAGAUCAAAAAUCAUGUAAUGGAAUGGGUUUAACAGAUGCUGAAUUUGUAUGUCUUACUAAAAAUAUGACUGGAUUAUUACGAGAAGCUCGACUUUCGUUUCCAUCAUUACAUGCUUCAUUGUCAAUGUAUAGUGCCAUGUUUCUUGCUAUUUAUUUACAUCGAGUCAUUUGUAUUGACCGUGUUCGAAUUGUUAAACCAUUUAUUAUCAUGUCAAUUAUUACAUUAUCGAUAGUAGCUGGUGGUGUACGAUUAGCAAGUAAUAAGAAUCAUUGGGAAGAUAUAGCAGUUGGAUUUGCAUUAGGUGCAUCAAUUGCAAUAUAUUUAAUGAAAACUCUUCAAUCACCAAAAUCAUUGAAUGGAUUACCAGUAGCACGAGGAGGUAAUUAUGAUGAUUAUCAAAGUUAUGUUGAAGAUCAUACUCAAUAUAAUAAAGAAAUGGAUCCAACUUAUGCACCUGGUAUGGACACUGUUUAUCAAACAACUGGACAUAGUGUUGGUGGUCCUGAACAAUUUUCUUUGCAACCAAGUGCAUCUCAAGGUCAUAUUGCUGGUGGUUUUGCUCGUCAUCGAUAUGAUCUCAAAACUCAAAUGCAACAGCAAGCAGCAGCUGCUGCUUUUGCUGCUCAGCAACAACAACAACAACAACAAUCAACAGAUAAAUCAGUUACUUCAGUAAGUCGUGGAGAUACAACAAAUGGUGCUAUAAAUCAACUUGUUCAUCAAAUUCAACAUCCACCACGUGCAUCAUCAACUAGUCAACGUGCAAGUACAUCAAUGAGUGUACUUAGAUAA